UUAGCACAUUUAAGGUAAUCUUGAUAAGUAAAGUUUACUAUGUAAUUAAGUUAUUAUUAUAACCAGCUGGUGUAAGUCAGAUAUCAUAAUGGACACGUUUGUAAUUGUUGAGAAACUAACACAAGGUCUGACAGUAAUUGCACUAGCAAGUGGCAUACCACCAUGUAUUCACAUGAUAAAGACUGGCAUCACCAAAAAUGUUCCUUUUAUUUUCUUCUUUCUUGGAAUGAUGAAUGGUGUGGUAGGAACAAUUUAUGGAUUAAUGAUAUCUAAUGCUACCUUACUGUACAUCAACCUUUUAGCCAUGAUCAUGAGUGCUGUAGGUGUGGUCUCAUACAUUACCAUGACAAAAUCAAAGAGUAAACCAUUGCUUCAGGUGUUAUUUGGAUCAAUAUUUUUAUUACUAAACCACUGGUAUUGUGUCAGUAUUGUGGUACAUGAAGCACAAGUUACAGAACAGUAUGGCCUGAUGAUGUUCUUCAUAAGUUUAGUACUCUUAGCAUCACCUGCUUUAGAAGUGAUAGAAUGCAUGAAAGAUAAAAGUGCAGAGGGUAUGUCUAUAGCUAUGAUUGUUGGAAACCUCAGUUGUUCUUUUGCCUGGUUGUUUUAUGGAAUUCUGCUCAAAGAUUUCUUUGUCUAUGCACCAAACAUAGUUGGAGUAGCUACAAACUUGGGUAAGGCUGUUGUCAAGGUCAUAUAUGGUGGAAAGAAAGAGAAAACAGCUUGACUCAAUAAGAAUAUUAUUUCCUAUAACUGUUAUAGAAUUUAUAAUGGGUAAUGCUUCUAUAAUGGAAAUCAAAUGUAACAUUUACUUAUUGAAAUAUAUUUUAAGUUUGUUUUAUAUGAUGAGAAAGAUGUUAGUCAAAUAAAAAAAAAAUGUGACCAUUCUGAAAUAGCCAAUACAUAAAUUGAAGGAACCUUUUGCACUUGCAUGGCUAUAAAGUACUAUAUCAAUGUAUUUUCGUACAACUUGAUAAAAUAAGUAAAAUGGAGAAUUUAAAAUAUAAAUACUUAUAACUGACAACGAAAUGUCUUUAAUUCUGAGGGAUUUUAUUUGGUACUUUUAAAUUAUUUAAGAUUAAAGGGAAAUUCAAUUUAAGGGGCCUUAAGGUCUUCUUAUACCUCCUAUAUUUUUAUGAUCUUUUCAGUUUCAUAAUUUCAUUAAAAUGUUAGAUUGCCUUAAACCAUGUAAAAAAUUGCAUGUUUUGUCUUUAAUGUAUGACAUCCAGUUUUGUGAUUUUGUUUUCCUCAAUAUUUAAGAUGAAGGUACUAUUUUAUAUUCAUUGAAGGAAACCAAUGUUCAUUUUAUUUACUAACUGGUGUUUGAAAAAAAAAACAAUUAUUUACUGUGAUACUCGAAAUAAUGUUUUUUUUAGCUUGAAGAAUUUAUCUUUACAAAUUUAUAAAUAAUCUAGUCGCAAAUUGUACAGGUUUACCAUUUUAUUUUACUUAUACUAUAUAAAUUUUAUAGUUUUAACCUUAAACAGAUAUCAAAUUGGAAAACAUAAAAUGAAGGUUCAUUUUAUAAAUGUAGGUGCUAUUCAUGAUCAGGUGCUAAAACAAAUUUUUUCAACAAUAUAUUUUUUCUAGGAAAUGUUAUGUAUCCUCAACAUGUUAUAUGUAAAUGAAUAAUGUAAGACUCGUUAUAUUUGAAGGACAAACAUAUAAUGGUGCUUUAAUUGAGAU